AAAAGACAUUUGAAGUGACUAUUAUUUUACGAAGCUGGACAACAAAAUGAUGCUCUUUCUCCUCUUUGUAGGCCUUCCUAUUUUUCUUAUUUUUCUUCUUCCUAAAAUCAAAAAGAGUGGCAAAAACAAUCUGCCACCAGGUCCUAUAGGUCUGCCAUUAAUUGGAAAUUUGCAUCAAUAUGAUAGUUUAACCCCUCAUCUCUAUUUUUGGAAACUUUCCAAAAUAUAUGGGAAAAUCUUUUCAUUGAAACUUGCUUCUGCUCAAAUGGUUGUAGUUUCUUCACCAGAAUUAGCAAAAGAAGUAUUGAAGACACAAGAUUUAGUAUUUUGUAGUAGACCUUCUCUUCUUGGGCAGCAAAAAUUGUCUUACAAUGGUCGUGAUAUUGCCUUUGCACCUUAUAAUGACUAUUGGAGAGAAAUGAGAAAAAUUUGUGUUCUUCAUCUAUUUAGUCUCAAGAAAGUACAACUAUUUAGUCCAAUUCGUGAAGAUGAAAUCUCGAGAAUGAUCAAGAAAAUAUCUCAACAAGCGAAUACCUCACAAAUCACCAAUUUGAGCAAUUUAAUGAUUUCACUAACUAGUACAAUUAUUUGUAGAGUUGCUUUUGGUGUUAGGUUUGAUGAAGAAGCACAUGAAAGGAAGAGAUUUGAUUAUCUUUUGGCUGAAGCUCAAGCAAUGAUGGUUAGAUUUUUUGUGUCUGAUUUUUUUCCUUCUUUAAGUUGGAUUGAUAAACUUACUGGACUGACAGAUAGACUUGAGAGGAAUUUUAAGGAUUUGGAUGAGUUUUAUGAAGAACUCAUUGAGCAGCAUCUCAAUCCUAAUAGGCCAAAAUCCAUGGAAGGGGACAUUCUUGAUCUUUUGCUCCAACUGAAGAAAGAGCAAUCAACGUCAAUUGAUCUCACUUUGGAGGAUAUAAAAGGACUUCUCAUGAAUGUGUUAGUUGCUGGAUCAGACACUAGUGCAGCUGUAAUAGUAUGGGCAAUGACAGCCUUGAUGAAGAAUCCAAGAGCCUUGAAGAAAGUCCAAGUAGAAAUCAGAAAAUCAAUUGGAAACAAAGGCAUUGUGCAUGAAGAUGAUAUCCAAAAUAUGUCUUAUCUCAAAGCGGUGAUAAAAGAGACAUUUAGAUUAUAUCCACCAGACCCACUCCUAAUACCAAGAGAAUCAAUAAAAAAGUCCACAUUAGAAGGUUAUGAAAUUCAGCCGGGAACUAUAGUUCAUGUUAACGCAUGGGCAAUUGCAAGGGAUCCUAAAAUAUGGGAAAAUCCAAAUGAAUUUAUACCCGAGAGAUUCUUGAAUAGCGAUAUCGAAUUCAAGAGAGAAGACUAUGAGCUAAUUCCAUUUGGAGUAGGAAGAAGAGGGUGCCCAGGGAUUACACUUGGGCUUGUAGUCAUAGAACUUGCAUUAUCAAAUAUUCUUUAUGCGUUUGAUUGGGAGUUACCUUGUGGGUUGAAAAAAGAGGACAUUGACACAGAUGUUAGGCAUGGAAUCACUAUGCAUAAGAAAAAUCAUCUUUGCCUUCUCCCUAAAAAUUAUCUUUAGACUAGCUAAAUCUAGUCAUAACGUAAGUUUUAUUAUAUCCGUUAAUAAAUGAGUAGUGUGUUUCCCCAUCACCUAUGUUUAAUUAUAUGGUAUGCUCGAUUUUGUGA